AUGUCUUUCGGAAAGCUCUACGGUCAAGCUGAGAACCCCCGCACCAUCGCGGUGCUGGUCGCUGCCAAGCACAAUGAGCUCGACCUCGAGCUGGUCAACACCGAGCCCCGGUCGGCCGCUACCACCACCGCUGAGUACCUGAAGCUCCAGCCCCUCGGCAAGAUCCCUGCCUUCGAGGGUGCCAACGGCUUCAACCUCUCCGAGGUCAUUGCCAUCGCCAUCUACGUCACCUCCCAGAACGAGAAGACCACCCUUCUUGGCAAGACCAAGCAGGACUAUGCCUCCAUCGUUCGCUGGAUGUCCUUCGCCAACAGCGAGCUGCUCAUCCAGUUCGGUGGCUGGUACCGCCCUCUCCUCGGCCUCGACGCCUACAACAAGAAGACCGUCGACGAGGUCGCCAAGGCUGCUCUGAAGACCAUUGCCGUCCUUGAGAAGCACCUCACCGCCAACACCUACCUGGUCGGCGAGCGCAUCACCCUGGCUGAUAUCUUCACUGCCUCCCUCCUUCUCCGCGCCUUCGCCAACGUUCUUGACAAGAAGUGGCGCUCCGAGAACCCUGCCGUCACUCGCUGGUUCAACACCAUUGUGAACCAGCCCGCCUUCAAGGCUGUUGUCCCUUCCCCCGUUCUUGCUGAGGAGAUCACCAAGUACGUUGCUCCUAAGAAGGAGGAGAAGCCCAAGGCCGCCGCUGCCCCCGCUGCCGCUGCCCCCGCCGCUGAGGAGCCCGCUCCCGCCCCCAAGCCCAAGCACCCCCUUGAGGCUCUUGGCAAGCCCACCCUCAUCCUUGAUGAGUGGAAGCGCCAGUACUCCAACGAGGACACCCGCGGUGCUGCCAUGCCCUGGUUCUGGGAGCACUACAAGCCCGAGGAGUACUCCCUCUGGAAGGUCGACUACAAGUACAACGAUGAGCUCAAGCUCACCUUCAUGGCCAACAACCUGAUCGGUGGCUUCCACUCUCGUCUCGAGGCUUCCCGCAAGUACCUCUUCGGUUGCCAGGCUGUCUUCGGCGCCAACUACGCCUGCGUCAUCAAGGGUGUCUUCCUUGUCCGCGGCCAGGAGGCUGCCCCCGCCUUCGACGUCGCUCCCGACUGGGAGUCCUACAACUUCGAGAAGCUCGACCACACUUCCGAGGCUGACCGCAAGUACGUUGAGGACAUCUGGGCCUGGGACACCCCCGUCACCGUCGAUGGCAAGACCCUCGAGAUGGCUGACGGCCACGUCUUCAAAUAA